AAAUCAAGAAAAAAGCAAAGAAAGUGAUUUAUUUUGACAUUCUUCGACAACAAUCGGCAACUCAUUAGUUGUAACAAGAACAAGAAGAAUCGCAAAGAAUAAAAAAAAGUGCUUGGUUUCGUGCCAAAAAUUAUUCAGUAGGAAUUCGAAACAAAUAGACAAAUAUUUCGUACGGGUGUGAAUUUUAAAAUAAAAUCGCAGCAUUCAUUACAAAAGAUCGUCUUGCGAUCUCGUGAAUGCAUUAGAAAAAUUUUCUAAAGAAAUUUAAAAAAAAAUAAAAGUUUAAGAAUUUCUUGAGUGACAAUGAAAGCAGAGGAAAAAAGUAGUAUGCCCCGCGUAAGAAUUGCCGUGAUUGGCGACACAAAUGUGGGAAAAUCAGCACUGACAGUGCGCUAUUUGACGAGGCGCUUCAUCGGCGAGUACCGCUCAAAAACAGAUUUGUUGUACAAACAGACAGUCGUUGUCGAUACGGGCCUGCUGGAUGUGGAAAUUGUCGACAUUUCGGCGGAAGGCGAUGACGAAUUCCCCAUGGAACAGAUUUUGUGGGCAGAUGCGUGUCUUAUCGUCUACAGCAUCACAGAUCGCAGCAGUUUCGAGUAUGCUGCGAGGUCAUUGGCGGAAAUGCGACAACUUCAAAGUCAACCUGUGGCCUAUUUGAUCGCCAACAAAGCGGAUUUAGAUCAUUUAAGACAAGUGCCUGAAAAAGACGGAGCCUCUCUUGCUGCCUCCUAUGGCAUUGGAUUUUGUGAAGUUUCGUGCGCGGAAAAUACAUCGUCGUUGUACAAAGCAUUCGAAAGACUCUUGCUGGAAUCGAGAACGAGGCCUGCGAAGCCACGCAAGUUUUCAGUUAGUAAAAUGAUUGGUACUCUGAUAGGCAAUAACAAUGUUUCGGCACGUCAAUUAUCUCUUUUGAACUCGGGCACAGUAGUCCCCUGCCAGAAAGGCGAAUUACACAAGUCACGUGUCCUCAAGCGACGCCAAGCGUUCACUGCAACAGCUUCACUCUGACCCAGUACGAGCAUCGGCUACGAGAGUAUUUAAAUGGACCAAAAAUUAAUUGAAUUUUUAGAAAUUAAGUGAAAAUUUCCCUCCGCACGUUAUUUUAAUAAAUUUCUCACAAGAAAUUGUCUGUCACGUGGAUCGGGAUUCGAGAAUGGAAUUUUUUGGGAAAAAAAGAUUUUUUUUGUCCGUAAACAAUUAUCGUUUUAGAUAGUUGGACAAGGCAUCGUUUCAAGGGAAAAAAUCGCAGUGACAUGACGAAAGGUCAGAUCCUUCGCAUGUGUCACAAGCAGGCAUGCACCCACAAUCGUCACACGUGUGCAUUGCGGAUCAGAAAUAGCAGAGACCAAAAAUAAACAUGAGCAACUAAUUUCCUUUCAUGUUUUCAUCGUAAAUCGCAAAUUGAGCCAUUAUCGCGGCAGGAAGUCACACAAACACGAGCAACAUCCGAUCAGCGUGGAUGAAUGAAAGUUGUCCUUAUUUCGGAACGCAUUGAAAAGCCACACAAGCACGUGCUGGAACGAAAAUCACAUCAAUGUCGGUUGCUACUCGUGGAAUUCGGACAAUUUUUUUUUUAUUUUUGAAACCUUCCUCUACUUUAAAGUGGCGACGACACCGAUGAUGCGACUAAACAUUGUUGUGUUAAAAAUAAUUUCAGCGAAUUCCGCUGUCAACAUUUGGGACACACCAUCUUCGUCGUGCGACAACGGCACACAUUAUUAAUCAUCUAUUAAUGUUUCUGUGUUGUGAUCUUCCAACCAACACUCAUAUUUUUCACCUACAAUCCGACGCGAAUGAUCAGUCGGUCGCCACCUUUCGUGUAAAAAUCGCCGAGAAAAAAAUUAAAGAAAAUACUUUAUGGCGCCGCGUUCGUGCAUAUGGCCUGAUAAUAAAAAUUUAUUGUAUGGAAAAUAUUUAGUGAUCCGUUGACAGAUGAAUUAUAUUUUGAAUUCAUUUGAUUUUUCGUAUUUUCGAAUUUUUUUUUUUAUUUAUUUUUAAAACACCAAAAACAUCUCUCUCACGCACACAAAGCACUAUUAGUGUGAAAAAUGUGUAAAAUUCCGAGAUUUUAUUUUGAUUUUCCCGAGAGUAGCGCACAACACACAACAGAACAAGACUUGAGGAAUUUUGUUUGGUGAAUGAAUUCCAACACAAAAUUUUAUAUUUUUAGUCGAAAUUAUUAAUAAUUUUUUGUUUAUGUGCAUCUGCGAAGGCGGAUUUAACGUUGAUUCAU